CCGGUUUCCGGCCCCGGUCGCCAUUUCUAGCGGUUGCAGGUACUCACGAGUUGAGGUCUGCUGGGACAAUGAGCUAUGACUACCAUCAGAACUGGGGCCGCGAUGGUGGCCCCCGCAGCUCCGGCGGGGGUUACGGAGGAAGCUAUGGAGGCAACCAUGGAGGAGGCCAUGGGGGGAGCCGAGGCUCUGGAGGUGGUGGCGGCGGCGGCGGCGGCGGAGGGGGUGGUCGAGGCGGCCGAGGCCGACAUCCCGGGCACCUGAAAGGCCGCGAAAUCGGCUUAUGGUACGCGAAGAAACAAGGCCAGAAGAACAAGGAAGCAGAGAGGCAGGAGAGAGCUGUAGUGCACAUGGACGAACGACGAGAAGAGCAAAUCGUUCAGCUGCUGCAUUCUGUGCAAGCGAAGAAUGAUAGAGACGAAGAAGCGCAGAUAUCCUGGUUUGCUCCCGAAGAUCACGGAUACGGUACUGAAGCUCCUGCUGAAAACAAACCAAAUUCAGUAAAGAAAGUUGAGCAUCAGGAAAAAAAAAAGAUAAAUCAAGAAAAGAGGCCAUUUAGAAUCAGGGACAAAUACAUUGACCGUGAUUCUGAAUAUCUCUUUCAAGAAAAUGAACCAGAUGCAAUUCUAGACCAACAAUUAUUGGAAGAUUUACAAAAGAAAAAAACUGACCUUCGGUAUAUUGAAAUGCAGCACUUCAGGGAAAAGCUGCCGUCGUAUGGAAUGCAAAAGGAAUUGGUAAAUAUGAUUGAUAAUCAUCAGGUAACAGUGAUAAGUGGUGAAACCGGUUGUGGAAAAACCACUCAAGUUACUCAGUUCAUUUUGGAUAACUACAUUGAAAGAGGAAAAGGAUCUGCUUGUAGGAUAGUUUGUACUCAGCCAAGAAGAAUUAGUGCCAUUUCAGUUGCAGAGAGAGUGGCUGCAGAAAGGGCAGAAUCUUGUGGCAAUGGUAAUAGUACUGGAUACCAAAUUCGGCUCCAGAGUCGGUUGCCAAGGAAACAAGGUUCUAUCUUAUAUUGUACAACAGGAAUCAUCCUUCAGUGGCUUCAGUCAGACCCCCAUCUGUCCAGUGUUAGCCAUAUUGUGCUUGAUGAAAUCCAUGAGAGAAAUCUACAGUCAGAUGUUUUAAUGACUGUUGUUAAAGAUCUUCUCAGUUUUCGAUCUGACCUGAAAGUAGUAUUGAUGAGUGCAACAUUGAAUGCUGAGAAAUUUUCUGAAUAUUUUGGUAACUGUCCAAUGAUACAUAUACCUGGCUUUACUUUUCCGGUUGUGGAGUAUCUUUUGGAAGAUAUAAUUGAAAAAAUAAGAUAUGUUCCAGAACAAAAAGAACACAGAUCCCAGUUUAAGAAAGGUUUCAUGCAAGGGCAUGUGAAUAGACAAGAAAAAGAAGAAAAAGAAGCGAUCUAUAAAGAACGCUGGCCAGGUUAUCUAAGGGAAUUGAGACAAAGGUAUUCUGCAAGCACUGUAGAUGUUGUAGAAAUGAUGGAUGAUGAAAAAGUUGAUCUGAAUUUGAUUGCUGCCCUUAUUCGAUACAUUGUUUUGGAAGAAGAGGAUGGUGCAAUAUUGGUCUUUCUACCAGGCUGGGACAACAUCAGCACGUUACAUGAUCUCUUGAUGUCACAAGUGAUGUUUAAAUCAGACAAGUUUAUUAUUAUACCUUUACAUUCUCUGAUGCCUACAGUUAACCAGACACAGGUGUUUAAGAGAACUCCUCCUGGUGUUCGGAAAAUAGUUAUCGCUACCAACAUUGCAGAGACUAGCAUCACCAUUGAUGAUGUAGUGUAUGUAAUAGAUGGAGGGAAAAUAAAGGAGACGCACUUUGACACACAGAACAACAUCAGCACGAUGUCUGCUGAGUGGGUGAGCAAAGCCAACGCCAAGCAGAGGAAAGGCCGAGCUGGAAGAGUUCAACCUGGUCAUUGCUAUCAUCUAUAUAACGGUCUUAGAGCAAGCCUUCUAGAUGACUAUCAACUGCCAGAAAUUUUAAGAACGCCUUUGGAAGAACUUUGUUUACAGAUAAAGAUUUUAAGACUAGGUGGAAUUGCUUACUUUCUUAGUAGGCUAAUGGAUCCACCAUCGAAUGAAGCAGUGUUACUCUCCAUAAAACACCUGAUGGAACUGAAUGCUUUGGAUAAACAAGAAGAAUUGACACCUCUUGGAGUUCACUUGGCACGAUUACCAGUUGAGCCACACAUUGGGAAAAUGAUUCUUUUUGGAGCUCUGUUCUGUUGCUUAGACCCGGUACUCACCAUUGCUGCUAGUCUCAGCUUCAAAGAUCCCUUUGUGAUUCCACUGGGAAAAGAAAAGGUCGCAGAUGCAAGAAGAAAGGAAUUGGCAAAGGAUACUAAAAGUGACCACCUGACUGUCGUGAAUGCAUUUAAGGGAUGGGAAAAAGCUAAACAACGUGGUUUCAGAUAUGAAAAAGACUAUUGCUGGGAAUAUUUUCUAUCUUCAAACACAUUGCAGAUGCUGCAUAGCAUGAAAGGGCAGUUUGCUGAGCAUCUUCUUGGAGCUGGAUUUGUAAGCAGUAGAAAUCCUCAAGAUCCAGAGUCUAAUAUAAAUUCAGAUAAUGAGAAGAUAAUUAAAGCUGUCAUCUGUGCUGGUUUAUAUCCCAAAGUUGCUAAAAUCCGACUAAAUUUGGGUAAAAAAAGAAAAAUGGUGAAAGUUUACACAAAAACUGAUGGAGUAGUUGCUAUUCAUCCUAAAUCUGUUAAUGUGGAGCAAACAGAGUUUCACUACAACUGGCUUAUCUAUCACCUGAAGAUGAGGACAAGUAGUAUAUACUUGUAUGACUGCACAGAAGUUUCCCCAUACUGUCUCUUGUUCUUUGGAGGUGAUAUAUCCAUCCAGAAAGAUAAUGAUCAGGAAACUAUUGCUGUAGAUGAGUGGAUAAUCUUUCAGUCUCCAGCAAGAAUUGCCCACCUUGUUAAGGAAUUAAGAAAGGAACUAGAUAUCCUUCUGCAAGAGAAGAUUGAAAGUCCCCAUCCCGUAGACUGGAAGGACACUAAGUCGAGAGACUGUGCUGUGCUCUCGGCCAUUAUAGACUUGAUCAAAACACAGGAGACAGCAGCUCCCAGGAGCCUGCCGCCACGCUUCCAGGACGGGUCUCGCAGCUGACCGGCGUUCUCUGUGCCCGGAGAGGCCACUUUACCCCUGUCUUCCAUCACGGUUUAACUCCGGGCCAGAUGCCAAACCCCAGGAUAUGAAUAAUUCUAAUGUGUAAGGUAGAAACCUUCAGUAGGUAGUAAAGACUUAAUGUGCAUGAAUUAACGGUUGUCUGUAGCUACUAUAAAUACACCAUAAAAAGCAGGAAGUUCUCUGAUCAUACACUCUUACUGUGGUCAUGCCCACAUUUUGAGAAUAUUCCUCUUACGUACUUUGAAUGUUGUGCCACUUGAGAAAGUCCUUUGCUAUGAAAUAUUAAUCUUUCUGCCCAUAAUGACCAAGGAUAGAAUCAGUAAAACUAGAAUGAUUAGCUAAAAAGCAGUGUCAAAUAAGAAUUUCGGCACAUCCACAUUUUUUCUAAUGAAACUUCUGUCAGAAGUAAAUUAAUUUGUUGUAAUAAAGUCCAGUAUUUAAUAAAAUGUACAGUGUGUAAAUCUCAGCUAGCUUUUUGGCUUGGUUUCUGCAUCUCCACCUGUCCCUUGGGUGUUUUUUUUUAAUCUUUUCAGAAUAUAUUUGUAUCCUUGUUAUAUCACCCUGUGCAUCUUAAUGCAGUAGUAGAGAGCCUGGGUCUAGAGCCUGGCCACCUAAGUUCAGAUUUUAGCACUGUCACUUACCCAAGAUCUUAGGCAGAUUACGUGGCGUCUCUCUGUUCCCGUUUUCUUUCUCUGUAGAAUACAGGUAACAGCUGUGAGAAUUACAUAACUUGUUAUAUAUAAAGUGCAUGGCCUAGUGUCUGGUGUGUGUUGGGUACUCAGCAGAUGGUAGUAGUUACUUGUCCAUGAAAUACUGUUAAUACUGACCCGUUAGGCUACACUUUUCUCCUCAUGCUCUGAGUGCUCUUUUAUACUCUGAGCCAGUGGCGGCUAGUCUGACCUGUACUGUGCAGCCCUGUCGGAUUUAGACAAACACUGUUGCCUGUCAAACAGCCUUUUUGUCCUUCACUUCCUGUUUGCUUGUCAUGUGUCCCCUCCUCUGUGCAGCCUUGUUCCCAGGGAUGUUGGACCCUCUUGCCCAAGGGUGAAUCAUGCUUGGUCUAAGCCAAUCACGCAUGGCCUUACUCUCCUUAUAAGUAACUCUUCAGGCAUGAAUAUAUGGACCUGUCGUGUCUGAUGUCAGCUGAGAAGAGGUCUGCACCGGGGGCAUCUGAGAAAGAUCUUCCUCACUGGUACUUCGAGGAGGAAAUUCUGCACUGCUCCUCUGGACAUUGUCUUGUCUGUAUUUGGCACUUAGAACCGCUGUAGCCAUCUCAGAAUCACUAGGUUGGCUCAGCAGGCAGGUGGAAAUCAGCCGAGUCCUUGGUAACACUAGUGAGCUGUUGAAUUAUGGCUCUGCAGCUUCCCUGCACAUGGACUUACUCUGAUAACAAUAAGCCCUUUAUUGUUUUAGUUAGCCUCUUUUAGAAGUCUUUUGCAUAACUUGGCAGAACGCGUGUUAACUGCAACACCUAACUGUCCAUCAUUGAGUGUUGUUUGCUGAGGCUUCUAUCUCUAUCAUUUAUUUUGUGAUCUAACAGGUUGACCUUUAUAUCUGAGAAAAGAUGUAAAAGUUGUAGUAUUGGAAAUACUGUAAAAAGACAAACCUUGGAAGAACAGCCUUGGUAUACCAUGAAAACUACAAAUUUUCUUGUGUCUUCCAAAGAAGCCAGGGGAAAAGGAGUAUCAUAUGAUGACUGUGAUGAUCUUAACCGCACUGCUUCAGGUAGUGCCCCCAUCUCUGGGAAUGUAUGUCAACCUAUCAUUUCCUCCUAGGGUCCUGAAUAUUUUUUUUGUGCGUUCUAAGUCCAUUCUCUUGGCUAGUCUCCCAAAAGUGAUUUGUCUGUCACUGAAUUCUUAUUCUGCGUCAUAUUGUGGCAUGUUAGUUUUGGCCCUAAACUCAAGGUGAUAAUUAGGUACUAUAUGUUCUAUAAAAAUGUUGUUUUCAUGUUUGUGCUUUUUUUUUUUUUUUGGCUUGCUUGCUUUUACUAUACAGUUUAAAUUCAGUUAUUUGACCAAAAUUGUCUUUGCAGAAAGCAGUUAAAACAGAUUACUUGUUAAUUAGUUCUGUGUUCACAGACCAAUAUUUACUCUCCACAAAUGGGAAAGAUGUUCCUGAAGGAUUGUUUAACAGAUGAGCUAUUUAGAGAGAUCAAAGGACUUAAUUAUCACCUCUAAUUUAUGUCCUCUCUAUAGCCAAUAAAGAUGGAAAUUUUAACUGACGGUGCUAUUUAUGUUUUUUGUUUACAAAAUGGGUUGUUACUUAGUGACAAAUGUAUUCCAGGUCUUAGCACUAUCUGUUAUUUGGUAGUUUUAAAGAAUAAGACAUUAAGAAGAAAAAUCUAUUUGGCUUCCAUUCUGAUACCAAGGAUAACUCUUGGAAAAAAUAACUCUGAAACAGAAACUUAUGAGGGGAAAAAAAAGGCACUGAAUAACCUUUAAAAAAAAAAAGUCUUUGAAAAGUGAAUCUAUAUAACACCUUCUUAAUCAUUAACUUGGGCAAAAGCUCUAGAUGCAUUUAUACCAAUUAUUGCAAGUGAUUUUCUCUUAUUCAUUUUUAAAACAAAGUCCACCCUACAAGUUUGAAUAAUAAGAGAGUUGUAGGAGGAAUUUAUUUUAUGUACUCUAUUGCUCAAAGUAAAUGGUAAUCCUUCUGCUCUUGAGCUCUGAGUUUAUGUAUAUUUAAGUAAUUGUGAUCAUAUAGUAUAAUCAUAUUUAUAAUAUACUAAUUGUUUUUACAUGGCGUUUUUAUUCCGAUUUUAAAAAUAUUCAUUGUAGAAUAUUUGAAAAUUCAACAUAUAAAAUAUGUUACUACUGUUACAUACUUUUUUAAUAAGUUUGAAGAUAUUAUUUUAUGUAUAAUAAAGUUACCCAAGUAUAAUUCUGUUAA